AUGCGGCCUCUUGAUAGGGUGCAGUUCUCCAGCUCCCAGCCAGACCCAGCGCUCGGUGUKUGGGAGGGAAGUGUGUGUGUCGGAGUGCCAGACCAGGUCAGCUUCUCUCAGCCGGCCAGACCAGACAACAUGCUGCUGGGGAGUCAACUAAUGGGCACGCCUGGAGCCAGCCAGACCCCGUGGCAGCGGCUGGUUCGGAGGAUGACGAGGUUCUUUACGACUCUGGACUCUUCAGCUUCCUGCUCCGCUCUGAGGGACACCUGUAUCGACCUGGGCCACACCUUCAAACACACCUGCACCAACCAGGUAACGGUCAGUACUCUGGAUAGACGGAACCAUAAGUUGAUAUUUAAGGUUCAUCUGAUGGAACUGGACGAGAGAGUUUUACUGGACUUCAGACUAUCCAAGGGCGAUGGUCUGGAGUUUAAGCGUCUCUUCCUGAAGAUCAAACAGAAGCUAAGUGACAUCAUCAGCACCCAGAGAAUACCACUUCCUGUCACAUGAUCAGCUGCCAUCUACGUCAUGGAACACACACCAGAAGAUAUCAGGCGGUGUGCGGUGUUUUACUAUCCUCAUGCGUACCGGAAAUCCCCAAAAGUCCCCACCAGGAGAGUAAAACAAGGAAAAUUCUCCUUUCCCAGGUCCCCAUGAGGAUAUACCAUUUUAAGCUAAGGUAAAAUGAUUUUGAAUUAAAUAGAUUUCAGGUCCCCACAAGGAUAGUAACACAUAUGGUGUGUGUGURUGUAGUUGCAGUAGCUGCCACAGCUGGGACCAUAAACAGAAAAUUAUCCUCACCGACCAUACUAAUCACUUAUCACAGGCAUUCUGCUGAAAUGAUUCAUUAUGAUAAGUAGCCUUUACUAGAGAAAUGUCAAUUUUGAAAUGAAAGAGGUGUGCUAAUAGUCAAUGGGACAAUUGAUAACUACAACCAUCAAACUAGUAGUAGUUUAAAGGAGAAUUUAAAACAAAUGGUGGAGCACAAUGUUAUAAAUGUAUCUGUACUCUAUUAUUAUCACAUCAAUUCAGGAAAUGUCUCUCGGUAUAGGUCUGUCUCUCUCGGUAUAGGUCUCUGUCUGUCUCGUGUUGGUGUGUAACCCUUAUUGUGUAUCAAAUAAAAUAAGUUGUGAUAA